AUGAUAAAAUUACUAGGUUUUGUUAGCCUGUUAUGCUAUUUAUUCUAUUUCUGUAAUUGUGGAAGCUUACCGACUUCACAACAACCUGAACAAGACUUAAUAACAGCAUUGUUAAUUGGAUAUAAUAGAAAUAUAAGACCAUAUGACCAAGUAUCUGUUGAUAUCACUGCUUCACUACAACAAAUUGUGGCUAUAGAUGAAAAACAACAAAUAAUGACAUCAAGUUCAUUUAUUUCACAAACAUGGUUCGAUGAUCGAUUAUCAUGGAAUACUUCAAAUUAUAGUAUUACUGUCGUUAUGCUACCGGUUAAAAGUUUAUGGAUACCAGAUACGAUGAUAUUGAAUUCAGCAGAUGCAAGUGGUUAUCUUACAGUAAGUGAUUAUAGUUUGGCAUCUGUCUACUACACAGGUCAAGUAUAUAUGAUAUUACCAGCAUUAACAGUAAGAACAAGAUGUAAUCUCUUUGUUCGAAAAUUUCCAUUUGAUAAACAAAUGUGCAGCAUUAAUUUAACAGCAUGGAGUCAAGGAUCUAAUAGAAUUUUAUAUACAGAGAAUAAUAGUUUAGUAAUUGAUAUUAGUGGAUAUAAUGAACAUCCUUUAUGGAAAUUGGAUGGAACAGAUAUGAUUGUAAUGCAAGCAGAAGAUAGGGCACCAUUUGAAGAUACUUAUAAUGCUAUUAUAUCAAUACAAUUAUAUCUACAAAGAAAACCAUUAUUUUUUAUGAUGAAUGGUAUAUUUGCAUGUUUUAUUUUAAAUUGUGUUACAUUAUUAUCAUAUUCAUUACCCUUUGCGUCACAAAUUGGUUUAUGUAUGAUAUGUUUUAUGACAUAUUCUGUUUAUUCAUUAAAUUUCUCCAGUCUAUUUCCGCAACAGUCUGAAUAUUUAAUGAUGAUCACAUUAUACUUUUUAUUAUCAAUUUGUUGGACAUUAAUAUCAAUGCUAUGGUUUAUCAUAUAUAAUUAUUUUACAACAAAAGCUGAAAUGCCAAAGUCACUUUAUAUUUUUUGUGGACUGUUGCAAAGAAUGUUCUUUUGUUGUUUUCCAUCAUCAAAACAAGAUCAACAGAAGAAUUUUACUGCUGACAAUAAUGAGAUUAAGAAUUUUGCAAAUAAUGAAGCAACAAACAUUGACAAACAACAGGGUAUUUCCAUUGAAAAUAUGGAAUCUAUCAGAACAAAUUCAAAUAAAGUUAAACCAAUUGAAACAGAAACGGCAAACGCCGGUGUGUGGCAUGAAUGA